CUCUUCUUUUCCAUAAAACACACACACACUCACACUCACAUAUAUAUAUAUAGAUAUACAUAUUCCUUUCUUUCUAUACAACAAUGGAUUGCAAUAUUUCUAUUAAUGGUCUUGAUGAUAUCAAUGAUCCUUUCGACAAUUUCGAUCACCUUCUAUCUCCUCCAUUAGAAUUCAUCGCCUCUUUCGACGACUUCUAUUCAACUACAACAACAACAACAACAACAACAACCACCAACAACAACAACAGUAACACUUCUUCAAACAGCUCACAAAGUUCUUCCAAUCCAAACAACAACACAAGAAGAAAACCAAAGAGAAAAUUCGAAGAACAAGUCUACUCUUUCCGAGACUCCUCCGCAUCGACACUAACCGAAACCGAAUACCAAGCAGCAGACAGAGAAGCAGUACUGCAUUUGAAGGAAAUGAUUUAUAGAGCUGCAGCUUUGAGACCAGUGAAUUUUAUCCAAGAUGAAGAAGAACUAGAAAAAGAGAAACCAAAGAGAAAGAAUGUGAGAAUAUCUAGUGAUCCUCAAACAGUGGCUGCAAGACAAAGAAGGGAGAAGAUCAGUGAGAGGUUGAGAGCUUUGCAAAGGUUAGUGCCUGGAGGAAGUAAGUUGGACACUGCUUCAAUGCUUGAUGAAGCUGCAAAUUAUCUCAGGUUCUUGAAAUCUCAAGUCACUGCUUUGCAAACAACUCAUCAAGGUAAUACUAAUUACAGUUAUGCUGCUGCUGCUGCUGCUUCUGCUGCUGUUAGUGGUAGUGGUAGUGGUAGUGGUAGUGGUGCUGGUGCUGUAAAUGAAUCUAGUUCUAGUUUUACUUUUGGUAAUUAUCCUCCUCUUCCUUUUCAUUUUCCUAUUUCACAUGGUCUUAGUUUUACCAUGCAUAAUGAUGUUCAGUAUUGGUAA